AUGAUUUGGUAUUGGAUUUUAUUUGGUGCUUCAAUUCUUUUUAUUGGGUCAAUUUAUGCUAUAAAAGAAUUAAGAGAAGGUUUAGAAAAUUCAGAGAAAAAACCUACUACUAAUAAUACUUCUGUUAAUGACACAAAUACUCCUACAAAUAAACAUAUAGAUAUUUAUACUUCUUCAAAAACAAAACAAAAAAAAUCUAAAAAAGAAAUAGAUGGUUUGUUUGGAUUUGAUUUUGAAUAUUCCACUUUAAUCCUUAUUAUUCUGAUUGUCAUUGUAUGUUUAAGUCUUCCCAUUGUCAAAAUUAUUCGUUUUGCUUCCAAAGAAAAAAGUCCAGAUACUGAGACUCCUUCAAUGAUUAAUGAAAGGAGCCAAAAAUAUUAUUACUUUGCAAAUGAAAUGGAUUAUUCCGAUAAUGAUUUUGAUUAUGCAAAUCCUUAUAUUACAAAAAACAGUCAAUCACCAUUAACUAAUGAUGUUCGUAGUCAUUCUCAUUUAUGUUCUGUUGAUUCUUAUGGUAUUACUCCAAUAGAAUAUGCUUACUUUUGUAUAAUGGCAAAAGCCAAUGUUACUAAUUUAGAAGGUUGUGAAACAAAUAGUCAAGACCGUUCAUCAUCUAAGCCGUCAUGUUGUUCAAAAUCAGAUAAUAAAUUGCCUAAAUCUGAAAAAGAACAAGAAGAACAAAGACUUGUCAAAUGUAACCUUGAAAAAAAAGGAUGGGAAAUUAAAAUCUAUGCGAAAAACGAGUUACAUUAUGUAAUAACAAAUAAAAAAAUUAAUGGAAUACCUAUUAAAGUAAUAACUUUUAGAGGAUCACAAUCAUUUUCUGACUUUGUUUAUGAUAUUCAAUUAUUUUCAGAGUCUAUAUUUCCAACUUUAUCCACUCCAUUCUUUCCUUUCUUUACCAAAAAAACUCUUUUAAAGAUAAGUAAAUUUUUAUCUUAUUUCGGUACAAAGGCAUUACCAGGAAGUGACCAAUAUCUUCUUGGUCUUGCAAAAGAAGUUGUCAUGGAAGAACUGAAAGACAAAAAUAAUCCUAAUGUUGUCCUUGCUGGACAUUCUCUUGGAGGUGGAAUAGCAAAUAUUCUUGGAGGUGAAUUUGGGCUAAUGAGUUUUGGGAUAUCUCCUCCUGGUACUUAUUUAGCUUCAAAAAAUUUUGGAACAAAGAAAAAAGAUGUUCCAGUAGUCGCAAGAGCCAUUAUUCCUGAAAAAGAUCCAAUUGCUGCAUUGGGAGAAGACGGUGGAUUACAAAUGUCAAUUCCUUGUGAUAAACAUCUUUUUUCUUGUCAUUCUAUUAAAUCGUCUCUCUGUAUGAUUGGGAAGUUGUGUAGUGACAAUGAAAUAGAAAACAUUUGUUCUGAAAAAUGA